AUGAGCGCUGUCAGGAUUGAAUCUCUGUUGUUUAUCGUCAUGUUAAACCAGCUUUUGGUUUUCGUCUAUUUGAACCAGUUUUACCUGAAGAAAAAAUUAUUCAUGUAUUUUAUUCUUUUUGCUUUUUUCCUAGUAAAAAUGCAAUUGUUAGCGUAUGGAUCAGAUUGUCUUCUAAGAAUCUUUUGGUCUCUACAGAAUUUGAGCAACAGGGAGCAAACUGACCCUUGGUGGAGACCUGGCAUGCAGGGGCGUGGGACUAGAGGUGGUAGAGGGGGUUAUUAUUCUCGGUACCAAUCUCACGGUAUACAUUCGCCUAUUUGUUUUGUAUCUUCCAGAUAUGGUCGAAUGCUUCUUUUAACUUUCUUUAAUUACUUUUUUGGUUCAGUAGGUAGCUUCAUUAUUCAAUGUAAUCUUUUUGCCAGUGGACAAUGUUUAUGGGACCUCGAAAAACAAAGGCAUUCUCGUGUUUUGGCAUAUGUUUGUUUUAUGGAAUUUUUUUUACUUUAUGAGUAUUAUAAUUGUUAUUUUUUUGAUAUUCAAAUCCUGAGGCUUGCAGCCUUUUCAUGGGUGAGGGAGAUUGACUGUCAUUGUAGAGACUCAAAGUGAACAUUCGAUGCUGUUGUUCCUUUUUGCCAGAUGCUGGUGGCAUAAACGCUGCAAAAGAAGAUGAGGCCAUCCAAAUGGCAGAAAAGGGCAUUCCAUCUUCAUCCUCUGUUACACAGGAGACCGAUAGUAAAUCAGAAGUUCCAGCAUCCAGGUAUUUCUUCACCUUCUUUCUCUUAUUUGUGUUUAUUAAAUAGCAAUCAUCUGAUAUUCAGUGGAAAAGAAGCAUAUUUUAUGCAAAUCAGAUAGCAUUUAUCCUGUUCUUUGAAUGGCUUAAAUUAUCUUCAUUUCUUGUUGCAGGGGUAUCUACUGCUGUUUUUGUUUCUGGAUAUUUUGUGUACUCGGAUUUUACUGUGCUGCGUGGUGUGUUUUGCAAUUGUGCAAAAAAUGGAAAUUUCUUUUAUUAGUUGAUAUUCAAAUAAUAAUUGCCUCGGACAAUAAGAAACUGAUCAGUUUUAUUGAGAUGUAUGUCCACAUUUUAGAUUAUUGAAUUAAAAUAAAAUAUCUUUGAGUCACCUUCAUAAGUCUGAGGUUGCUUCUCAAUUUGCCUACUACUUGGCCUAAAACCACCAUGUUAUAAAUUUUAUUUUUAUUUUUUGGUUGCCGAAAUGAGCAGGCCAUGAUACCAUCUCUAAUUACUUUAACCAUGACUGAUGGUAACAACACAUUUAAAAGAACAAGCUCAUGAUGCUGCAAUAUUGUUGUUUAUUCAAAUCACAUUUCCAGAAAAGCUCAUGAUUCUAUUCCUAUUUUAUUCUUUUUAUUCCAGCUUCCAGUGUAAUUGAUAAAUCUUUUUUGGUCAGCUCUGGGUCUGUAGUCAAUGAUCCAACAAAAGGAGGAUCCCUGGGUUCUUCCUGUGGAUCUGUGCCUCAGAUUCCUCAUGGCGGGAUUUCUCCCUUGGCUGAAGAUAAUUCUGUUGCAGAGAGUACUAAGGUUGAGUGUGCACUAUCACCUCCCGUGGACACCAAACAUGGUCCUGCAAAUGUAGUUAGUGCAGCAUGCAGACAGCCAACUCCGACUUCAAACCAGUUUCCAUCUAAUAUGGUAGCGCCUGUUUCUGUGGCCCCUGCCUCUGAUGCUGUGCUAGUGCCAUCUAUUGAUACACAUGUCUCUGAUGGUACUAACGAAUGUGAAGUGGAAAACAAAGAAACAACUUUGGAACAUCCUAUUAGGAAAGGUGUAUCUCAUGGGCUACCUGAUUCUGGGAUGUCAUAUGAAAAGACAUCUUCAGAAUCAGGGAGCUCCUUCAUGCAGGGGAAGAUGGCAACUAAAUCUCAGGGACAAGAGCUAAAUUAUUUCUCUUCAUCAGGUAGUAAGCCAUCAUCCAACUAUGGCAGCAGGUCACAGCAAGUAGUUGGCCCUCAGAAAGGUAUAACUGGCUAUUUUUUGGCACACCUGUUUGUCUCUUUAUCUGUCUAUAUGCCUUUGCUCGUAGAAAGUAUGAAUAGAAAGAAGUUCAUUAUUUUCUUUGUCUUUAGGUAA